AUGAAUCCUUUUUACUCAAAUGUCAAAGAAGAGUAUCCAUCAAGUGAUGCAAGUGGUAGUGGGGUUAAUAAUAACCAACCAAUGGUGUUACAAGUUCCACAGCCAAGGGAUGGUCUACAUGAUGUUGGGCCUCCACCUUUUUUGACAAAGAUAUAUGAUAUGGUGGAUGACAAAACUAUUGACCAUAUUGUGUGUUGGAGUAGAGGAGGUCAAAGCUUUGUUGUUUUGGAUCCACAAGCUUUCUCUACUAAUCUACUUCCAAGAUAUUUUAAGCAUAGUAACUUCUCUAGUUUUGUGAGGCAACUCAAUACUUAUGGUUUUAGGAAGAUUGAUCCCGAUAUAUGGGAGUUUGCAAAUGAAGCGUUUGUGAGAGGCCAGAGGCAUGUCUUGAAGAGCAUCAAGAGAAGAAGGGCACCUAAUUCUCAGCCUGCGGUUCCACAACAGAAUGUCAAUCCCGCUAGUGAACUUGGAACGUCCAGUUUAGAUGACGUUGGUCGGUUGAAACACGAAAAACAAGUUCUCAAGUUGGAACUAGUGAAUCUAAGACAACAACAACAAAACAUGCGUGCGCAACUUCAAGCCAUGGAACUAAGGUUACAAGGAACUGAGAAAAAGCAGCAAAAGAUGAUGAAGUUCUUGGCAAAAGCAAUGCAAAAUCCUGAUUUCAUCCAGAAAUUAGUUGAACAUGGUAAAAAUAAUGAUCUUCAAGAAGCCAUGAUGAGCCAAAGGGGUGAAUCAAGCCGAACUGGUGGUGGGUCAAAGCUUAUUAAAGCCGAACCUGAAGACUAUAUAAAUCAACCAGUACAGUUUCAAGUGUCUGAGCUGGAGGCACUGGCUUUGGAGAUUCAAGGGUUUGGUAGAUCUAAAAGAAACCUAGAAACAGAACGUAACGACCGUGGUGAAUAUGAGGGUGGGGAGAAAGACCUUGAUGAUGAAUUCUGGGAAGAGUUAUUUAGUGAAAGACCUGAUGAACAAGCGGUUGAUGAUGUGAAUUUCUUAGCUGAUAAGUUGGAUUUCUUGGGUUCAAGCCUGAAGUAAACGCUAACUGUUGUUAACGCAUAAAAUAACCAUUUAUUGAUGUUCCAUUGAUUUUUAUUUUUGAUCUUUGUAGUUAGGUACUCUGGUCGUGGUCGAAGACAUAACGAUCUUUGACAGAUUUAAAAGCUGGUUUCGGUUGGUUAAUUUUAUUUAAUUCUGUGUGAAAGACUAGCACUUAUUACAGUAGAUCUUAAUUUAAGAUUCUAUUGUCAUUCUCAGGAGGAGAUAUCACAAUCGCCACUGGUUCCCCAAUUAUCUGUCCAGAAAACUGUUCUUGUAUAAUUGUUUCUUUAAGUUUUGUACAUCUGAUUCUCUGAUAUAACUCUUACUUGAUCAUAUCAGAUUGGAAGCUUUUUCCUGGACUGAAAUGAAGUCGCUUGUUCUGAUAAAUCUCAAGAUUUACCUGAAGAUAUUGAACCGGUGCUUUCUGUUGCUGCAAUUUUUGGAACUCAACUAGCCUAUAGACUAUAGUAGCUUCGUAGCUAGUAAUGCACUAAUGCCUUUUAUUACUCGUAUAAAUAGUAUUAUCUAGAGGCUAAAGGGGCAGAUGUUAGAUAUGAUUAUUUUGUAGUCUGUUUAGUGGUUUAUGUGAGCUACUUGUGCAAGUUGUGAGUCAGUGACAAGAGUGGUGGGUUAGCUUUUGUAGCUGUAGAAGUAUCGUAGCAUUUCAUUUUGAUGUUUGCUCUCUAUCAAGACAAACAUGUCUUCAUGACUUGUAACUUAUGUUGUCAUGAGAGAGCAAUUUUAAUGGCUGUAAAACGGAUUUAUCAGUGUAAGUUGAUGGUUAAUAUGUGUAAAA